UAUAUGUGUUCAGUGUUCAUAGCCUACUUUCGAGAACGAUGUUUCUUCAAUAUACCCAAGCGAUGCAAAUGUUGUGUGACGGAAAAAUGUCAAUGUCAAAUAUGAUGCUACACUAGAGCAGAAAUAUUUGAAGUGUUUUCGAUUACUCCAGUUUAACCGACGAAAGCAGGUGGGAAAAUUGUGUGCUGUGGAACAAUGCUACCUCGCAGAGAUAUUUCCGUAAAAUCAGCAAAGUUAGCGAAGCGAAAAUCAUCGAGUGAAGAUGAGUCCAGUGACGAGGGUACGACCAGUUCCGGCUCGACAGAUGGAUCUAGCUCGAGUUCCGAGUCCGAGUCGGAGAUGGACACCACGGAGACGUCAUUCUCGUCGAAGAGUCCCGUGGAGUGCGUCGGGAGCAGCAAACAGCAGGGAUUACUCAAGGUUAACCAAAGAUCGUAUGCAGUGUUUUGUGACGGGGGGAAAAAUUCCAAGAGCUUCUGCAGUGGUAACACUGAACUGGGCGAAGAAGCAAAACGGGAUCAUAAUCGCAAUAGAAAAACUCGCGCCAGAAACGAGCAAGUUGUACAUAAAAUCAAGAAAUCAAGAAGAAUACCACCGAUCAGUAUUUGCAUUUUAAACAGCCGCUACGACAUCAUACCGCGUAUCUGUAGAAGACUGGGAUACAAGCUAGUCGGGGAGAACGAACACUGGAAUGUGUGCUGGACGGAUUCGCUCGUAGGAGUGGACUUCUGUCGGGACAUGAGACGUUUCCAAAAAAUCAACCACUUCCCCGGGAUGUUUGAAAUCUGCCGGAAGGAUUUACUGGCGAGGAAUCUGAGCCGAAUGAUGAAGAUGUUCCCAACCGAGUACCAGAUCUUCCCCAAAACUUGGGUGUUUCCGGCUGACCUGGGCGAGGCCAUCGCCUACAGUAGGACACACCGAAGCAAAACGUAUAUUCUGAAGCCCGAUCAAGGCUCCCAAGGGAGAGGUAUAUUUCUUACGAAAAACCUAAAGGAAAUCAACCCAAGGGACAGAAUGAUUUGCCAGGUUUACAUCCACAGACCUCUGCUGAUCGAUGGUUACAAAUUCGAUCUACGUGUAUACACUUUGGUCACCUCAACGGAUCCGCUUAGGAUAUUCGUUUACAAGGAAGGUUUAGCACGGUUCGCAACGAAUAAGUACCGGGAACCUUGCAUAACUAAUACUUCCAACAAUUUCAUGCACCUCACAAAUUACUCAGUGAACAAGUAUAGCCGUUGUUUCUCGAAUGAUGAUGAAGCUGGCAGUAAGCGAAGAUUUGCCACGCUGAAUCGGAUUCUAACUUCGGAGGGGUACGAUAUUGCUGAGCUGUGGAGCAAUAUUGAUGAUGUAAUUGUCAAAACUAUCCUGAGCGCGUGGCAAGUGUUAAGGCAUACGUAUCAGGCUAGUUUCCCGACGCAUGAUAUCAUUCAAGCUUGCUUCGAAAUUUUGGGAUUCGACAUUCUGAUCGAUCACAGACUGAAACCGUAUAUUUUGGAGGUGAAUCAUUCUCCCUCAUUUCACACAGAUGAAGCCAUUGACAGGGAAAUUAAAGAGGCUCUCAUACACGACACUUUCGUGAUGUUAAACCUGAACGGAGAAGUCAAGAAACGUGUGCUCGACGAGGACAAGCGACGUAUCCAAAACAGAUUACUCCAAAGACUGAGAGAGUAUUCCAAGUGCAAGGAAAACAGUAAGGAGAGUAGUAGUGACAGCAAGAAUGGCGAUGAUGAUGAUCCAAACUCGGAGGAACGUCCAGGACCGUGGGCUGAGCAGAUCACAUGGGAGGAAACACAUCUGGGGGGUUUCCGACGGAUACUACCAGCCCCUGGGGAUCCGGAUCGGUACGCGCAUCUCUUUCUAGCCCAAACGCAAGCUUCGGUAUACAAUGAAACUGCCGCGAGUAAAAAGAGAGAAGAGUGUGCCAAACAACAACGAAUCGAACUAGAGGAACGAUACAAACACAAUCAAGCAAUGCUGAACAAAAACAAUCCCAAAGGGCAGCCGGGUUCAAAGCCACUAUGUUCCGGCGAGGAUGGGGCACCGACGACAGCGAAGAAGCAGAUGAAAAAACGAAAACCCAAGGUUAUCCCGAAGAAAGAUGAUUACAGUCCGGACUAUAUACCUGACUAUGAAGAACGGGAACGACUGGCACUCUUGGCGCAAAGAGAUUUUCUCAUCCGAACCUGUGGCUUGGUGCAAAACAUAUACCUCAAUUUCAACCGAAAUAAGCUACUCACUGUCUCCGAUCAACGCAAGUACAAGGAGGUUUUUUCCAAGCUGAUCGCGAAUGAUCUUUUACAGAAUGAACUAUCCAGCCAACAGGCAAAUCAAUCCAGCGCAACCACUUGUCUUCCAGUUCUGUCAAACCAUCACGGUUCACACUCGCAAACAAGCCAACGGAUGCAUCUGAAAAGUCUGGUCACAAUCAACGAAACGGCAUCGUGGAUGCAGUGCACUGAAGUUUUGCCACCAAGCAGACCACCUCUGCCAUAUCUGCUAGCAUCACAGCCGACUAAUUACCGUAGCACCAAGUCCACGAUGGCACGUCAGGUCACCAAUGUGGUCAAGCGACACAGCAUGGACGCCAGACAGAUGUACUCAGCAUCCGACAAAGUUAUCUAGUAUUGAGUAUGGUCGGAUAGAUCGAACAUAACUAUCCGCCCAGCUCAAUACUUCCAAUGUUGGAAUGCGUCAGUACACGUGGUCGGCAACGUCAAAUGUUUAGGACUUUGGAUGUACAUAGCUGCAAUUAAGUUUCGGAGUAAUUUAAACCAAAUCCUUUGUUUGAAAAGAAACGUAAUAAAAUUUAUGGUUAGCUUUUGA